AUGGAGUACGAGAGGAUAGAGAAAGUUCAGGCUGGAAUAAUUUCUCCCAGUAAACUGAGGAUGAAGUUGUUAGGGCCUCACCAUUAUAAGAAGAAGGAUGGAUCCAACAGUAACUCAUCCAGAACUUCUCCUUCAAGGCUUGAGGAUGCUGAAUUUGUUAAUAGCUUACUUGCCUCAAAAACCGACAAUCUUGAUGAUGAAGUUACAUCUCCAAGCUUAGAGCUUCAAUUGAAGCCAUCUAGUGAUGCUGUGCUGGACCGGAGACACAGUGGCCAGAUUUCUUAUGAACCAAUGCCUAAGGAAAAUGGUGACCCGGGACGUGUAAAGAUGCAGCAUUUUCAGAAGGUUAGUGCUGGAAGUUCAAGCACAAUUCACGCGCUGAGAUCAGUGGAAGAUGAAAAUCUUGAUUAUGACAGCAAUGCUAGCUCGUCCAGUUUUGAGUUUGAUAAAGGAGAGAGACCAGGGAACAAUCCUGCCACUAGAUCUCUAUUCAGACCUAUUCCUUCUAAGUGGAAUGACGCCGAGAAGUGGAUAAUGAAUAGGCAAAACAUACAGGCUAAUCACUCAAAAAAGCAUACUGCACAUAACCAAGCAAAUCGCAUGCCAACAACUACGGUGAGGGUUGCCCCCGAGUCUGGUCAUUAUGAUCAUAAGCUCCCAACAGGCAAGGUGGCAGAAACGAAGAGAGUUGAUUUCUGUCAACCAGCACCACAUAUGGGAUUUGAGAAGUUCUCUUUUGUUCCCUCCGAUGCUCAUUCAGGUCAAGCACAUGGAAGAAAUCCAGCUAUGGAGUCUUUUCCCCAAAGCAAAGAUUUAAAGGAAGUCAAUGAAUUGGGUCUAUCUUGCUCCAGAAGCACAGAGGAUGAAUCAGUGAUGCCUGGGAUAAGAUCAGUUGCCAUGAGGGAUAUGGGAACUGAAAUGACCCCUGUACCAAGUCAAGAACCUUCGCGAACAGCUACUCCUGUUGGGUCUGCAACUCCACUUCGGAGCCCAGUUUCCUCAAUGCCAUCGACUCCUAGGAGAGGUGCACCUGCUCCAACUCCUUUGGACAACAUGACCGAUGAGGAUUCCGAGUUUCCAGUUGAAAAUGGCACAAGACAUCUGUCUGAAGAAGAAAUGAAGAUAAAGACAAGGAGAGAGAUUGCAGCCCUUGGAGUGCAGCUUGGCAAGAUGAAUAUUGCUGCAUGGGCAAGCAAAGAUGAGCAGGAAAAGAAGCAAUCUUCUCCACGGGACACGAAUGUACAAGAACAGGAGAGAAUUGAAUUUGAAAAACGAGCUGCUCUGUGGGAAGAAGCUGAGAAAUCUAAACAUACUGCUAGAUUUAAGCGUGAGGAAAUCAAAAUUCAAGCAUGGGAAAGUCAACAAAAGGCAAAAUUAGAAGCAGAAAUGAGAAGAACCGAGGCCAAAGUUGAGCAAAUGAGAGCCCAGACACAUGCAAAAAUGGUGAAAAAGAUUGCUAUGGCGAGGCAAAGGUCAGAAGAAAAACGUGCUGCAGCUGAAGCUAGAAAAAAUAGAGAAGCAGAAAGAACAGUUGCUCAAGCAGAAUACAUACGCCAAACAGGACGAUUACCCUCUUCCAAUUACAUAUGCUGUAAAAGUGAACUUGCCCCUUGUAACUGGCCCAAGUGGAGAAAAAGAACGGGGACCACAAUCACAUGCAUACUAGGAUUGGACUUUGAAUUGGCUAAGAACUGCAAGAAAGCUCAGGGAAUCGCCUACGUGGUAGGGUAUUGGGUUCAGUCUUACAUGGCAACAUCUGCAAUGCUCCAAAAACUAUUUGGAUUCGCAUAA